UUUGUUUUUUUUUUCUGCUGGAGUGCGCGCGCGCGUGUGUGUGAGCCUGCAGGGAAAACAAGUGCAAAUAAGCUGUGUUUUUUCGCUGUUAACUAGUGGGGGCAUAAAUUAUUCUUCAGCACUGGGCAGCUCGGCAGACAGACAACUCGAUAACAAGGUUCGAUUUUUUUGGCACCAUCGGCGCUGGUUUGGUGGAACCCUAGCAACCGAGCAGCCGGAGAAAGAUUCAACUCGAACGAAACAAAGUAACCGAUGAUGGACCGACCCGGUGCAGGCGAGGCGUGAAAAAUUCGUUCCCCCAUCACUGUUGUCAAUGUUACGCCGGGGGUUGAAAGGGAAAUCAUUCGUUCGGGAGGCGUUUGUGUCUGGAGAAAGUGUACUGUGCCAUUUGUGCUUCAUCCAGAUGCGAUUUUCUCCGUGCUACGGUAGGGCGAGAGCAUCAGUGAAAUCGUGAACAUUGAAACCGCAAAGUGAAUGUUACUGCCGAAAAGCGCACAACAAAACCAACCGAUAUAGACCAGUGUAUGUGUGUGUGUGUGUGUGUGCGUACGUACCACGGUAGAAUAGCAAGUGAAGCGGAUGGUUUGUCUGAAUGCAACCCGCACCGAUCUGCCCGCCUGUAGCACGAUCCCCAGCCGCGCCGGAAGACUAAUUUAAACGGCCAACGGUAGCGCGUCGUGACUUAUUGCUCCGCGGCGUUCGGACCGCGGGGCCCGCCCCUGGCGAUAAACGAUGGCAGAUUGGAGCGGCGGCCACCACCGGUACCGUCUUGGGCUAUUUUCGUUGCCCGUUACAUCAUUGGCCCAUCGUCGCCGUCCGUGCCACAGGUCGUGCCGUCACGAGUACGCAUCACGCCAGUAGACGAGCGAACCAGCAGCCCUGCGCGUAAAGCCUGAAAACUGUCCAACCACUCGCGUUCCCUGUAGCGAUCGGGCAGCGGUUCUCUUAGUGUAGCGAAACCAGCUGGUCAAAUCGGUCCAGGACCUGCAUGCGCUGAGUGUGACAGGCCGCGGCGACACUCACCGUCGUGGCCAUCGGCGCAAAAGCGAAACCUUCCCCCACCCCGCGUCUCACCAUCAUGGGUGUAAUUCUGCAAAACUUUAGCCAGCCGGGCGCGAGGUACAGCCCCGACCAGGUGCCCGAACCACCACCGCCACCCGCCGCCCCAUCACCGUCGACGUACCGCGAGCUCGACAUACUGCUGCGGAACGAGGGCUCCAUUCCGGCCGUGUCCCUCGCCGGCCUAACCGCAACGCUCGGGCUGGACAGCAAUGGCGAGCUGCUCGGGGCGAGCUACGGUGCGAACGGGUCCGAUCUGUCCGAGCUGAUCGACGGCUGCCCCAAACCGGACGACACGCUCUACCCGACCAUGUUCGGCAUCGAUCUGGCCGUGCCACAGUGGGAAGCGAUCGGUACGGCCCUCAUCCUGACGCUCAUCAUCAUCAUCACGAUCGUCGGCAACAUCCUCGUCAUACUGAGCGUGUUCACGUACAAGCCGCUCCGGAUCGUGCAGAACUUCUUCAUCGUGUCGCUGGCGGUGGCGGACCUGACGGUGGCCAUACUCGUCCUGCCGCUCAACGUCGCCUACUCGCUGCUCGGCCGGUGGGAGUUCGGCAUCCACGUGUGCAAGAUGUGGCUCACCUCGGACGUGCUGUGCUGUACCGCCUCGAUCCUGAACCUGUGCGCGAUCGCGCUCGACCGCUACUGGGCGAUCACCGAUCCGAUCAACUACGCCCAGAAGCGGACGCUCGAGCGGGUGCUGGCGCUGAUCGCGGGCGUCUGGGUGCUGUCGCUGGUGAUCAGCUCGCCGCCGCUGAUCGGGUGGAACGACUGGCCGGAGGAGUUUUCCAGCGAGUUCCCGUGUCAAUUAACGAGCAACCAGGGCUACGUGAUCUACUCGUCGCUCGGCUCGUUCUUCAUCCCGCUCGCCAUCAUGACGAUCGUGUACAUCGAAAUCUACAUCGCGACGCGGCGCCGGCUGCGCGAGCGGGCGCAAGCGUCCAAAAUCAACACGCUCGCGUCGCGCAGCAUCGGCAUGGUGGCUGGCAAUGGGGAGAAGGAGCUUACCACGACCCACCACCAGCAGCAGCAGCACCAGCAGCAGCACCAACACCACCACCAGCCACACCACCACCAGGACGGGCACGCGAUCCAGCACGACCAGGAGUCGAUCAGCAGCGAAACGAACAACCACAACGAACAAACCGACACGGGCAGCGGCGGCCCAGUGCUGGCGGGCAGCAAGCCCAGCAAAAAGGGCCCCCUCCGGUUCGGCGGCUACCUCGGGCGGGCGCUGGGCGGGGCGGCCGGCCGCAACCGCAAAAAGCAACACCACCGGAAGCGGCCGGGGGACGGCCCGGCGGAGGAGGAGGACGGCCGGCUGCACCGGCUGGCGGCUAGCGCGCUGCAUCAGCGCGAGGACGACUCGGUGACGGACAACCCGGACCACUCCGGGUCGGGCGACAGUGGUGGGGGCGGCAAGGCGCCGCUGGACGCGGCCCACCCGUCCGCCCUACUGCCCCCCACCGGCAACUGUGAUAUGACGGGCGGGUCGGCGAUGGGGGAGCCGGCCCCGCGGAACGGGGCCAGCAACAACCACCACCAGCGCGAGGUGGGCUUCCACGAGUCGACGGCCGAGCUGAUGGUGGUGGCGGCGGCGGCGGCCCCACCCACGACCCGGCUCGGCGGCCGGCUCAAGCAGUCGUUCCGCAAGCCGGGCGGCAUCAACCAGUUCAUCGAGGAGAAGCAGAAGAUCUCGCUGUCGAAGGAGCGGCGCGCGGCCCGGACGCUCGGCAUCAUUAUGGGCGUGUUUGUCGUCUGCUGGCUGCCGUUCUUCCUGAUGUACGUCAUCCUGCCGUUCUGUCCGUCCUGCUGCCCGACGAACAAGCUGAUCAACUUCAUCACCUGGCUCGGGUACAUCAACUCCGCGCUCAACCCGAUCAUCUACACCAUCUUCAACCUGGACUAUCGGCGCGCGUUCAAGCGGCUGCUCGGCAUUAAGCAGUAGAGAGCGAAAGCGAGGGGUAUAGAGCGGGGGGACGAGCCACACAGAGUAGGGGAAAGGGGGGAGCAUUCACUUCCGGGGAAAAUCAGUUCACUGUUGCGGCAAACGGUGUCCACUUGACGUGCUUCUCUGCCGUCAAAGCAAUGCUGUACAAAACGGGAUCGGGAAAGGCGAGAAAAGUGGCAUUUAAAAAACCCCAACACACACACACACACACACACAGACACGUACACACUCAUCAGCAAAUGACCUACAAAUUACCCUCACCCAGUGCAGGCGGGGCAAAGGGCGGUACCGGAAUUCACUCGUCAAGUCGGCCCACUAAGUGGGACGGUGCUCGAAAGCUUUUAUGUACGGCAACGACUAGCGGAACUAUUAACCGUCCUCAUCGCAUCUCAUCCAUCCAUCCGUAAGUGUCCCUUUUUGUGCUACCAACCCCCCAAGUCCCUUCUCACUGUUUCCCCUACCCAUCACCCACGCUCUGUAUUGUGUAGUUCUCGCAAAAAGCAACCAGCACCAAAGUGGGUUGUUGGUAAAAGCUUUUCAUCCUCGCUCGCUAUUGAUUUUUAUCUUUCGCCCUCUUUUUGCGGUGCUUUCGGUUUGCUAAUUAAUCUACGCACUGUUUUUCUUCUUCUGGGCCUCGUUCAUUUAUUGUGCUGCCUUUCCGGGGAGGGUGAAAGUAAGUAGUGAACCGGCAACAUGAGGGAGAGCACUCCAAAAAAAAAAAAACAGCACUCUCCAUGCAAACAAUAAAAAGACAAAAAAAGAGCUUCAUCCCUUUGUCUUAAAGCUUUUCAACUGCGCGAUACACCUCGCUUUCAACCAAAGCUUCCGCGAGUUUUGUUCUUGCACUGUUUUUACACAUUUUUUUUUUUGUUGUUUACUCGCGUUCAAGGGAUUUUGCCAAUUGUGUUCAUUCAUUCCAUUCAGACGGGCGGAUGUGGUGAUGAAACUUCAAGCCGGCAGAGAGUCAGAGAGAGAUAUAGUCCCGUUCCGGACCGUCCUCUGCCUUUUAUACCCGGAAGUCGGCGAUAUCCCGCUUGUAUGCCCGUAUCCCCAGACCGGUACCCGGUUGCAUUCGCUUUCGUCCAGCGCUUUUCCACUCAAAAGUCACCAAAAGGGGGUCGAUGGAAGAGAAGGAGUGGAGUGGAGGAGAGGCUGUCACAAUUCAAGGCCGGUCCCAUUCAACCGGUGUGCUCUUAUCUUUGAUCGUUUUCGGGCCAUUUUGUGCAAGCGCGAGAGUGUCCUUCGCACGGCCCUAUCGCGUUACAAUAUCGCGUUACAAAUUGUGAGGAGGGGACAAGCACACGGUCUGUCCUGCCCCCCCCCCCCCCCCCCCUUUGGUUGCAGUUCAUCCCCGCUCCAUCCAUCGUUUUUAUUUUUUUUCUCCUAUUGAGCCAAACCGCUGCUAAACCACAAACCGGAACCGGACCCGCUGGUAGUCGGUGCUUUUUAUACAAACCACACCGCCCUUUUGCGCCCAACUUGUUUGGGCCAACCGGACGCUUCCGACUGCCUUUUCUUUUAUUUCGCUCCUUGAGCAACAAUCUCCAUCCCUCCCAGUUCUACCGACCGUUCGCCGCGGUAACAAGCGCACAACGUUCCCGGGGAGCUGGUAUUGUAAUCAAACCAAUCUUGCCAACAAUAAAUGCCUCGCUCCGACCAGCCCGCUUUGGUACACUCUAACCGCUUCAUCCCGCCCGGUUUUGCGCUUGAGAGUGUAAAGCAAGCGACAAACGGUUCACAUCCGGUGGGAAACGGCUGCUUCGGAACGAGCCGCCACUCCUCAGCAACCCCGAGGCUAACUACGUCGGUGUGCUACGACAACAAUAACAAGCCACUUUGUACCCGUCACCAAGGGUAGCGCUGGAAAGACACAGCAGCGGUACAACAGCAUGUCCAUCCUUCCCAGCCAGCCAGCCAGCCCACCGUCUGGCACCAAACCAUUGGCACCAAACUCUAGCACGGGGUGCCCCGGGGUGGUCCAUUCUUCAUCAUGCUCGUCGUCGUCGUCAAGGCGAACGCGACGAAUCAACCGCCGACGCAGCAGCGGUUGGCGAAAAGAAAAACAGUUUCAAAAACAUGACCCCACCUCCCCGUUUCAUCGCUUCUUGCCAGGGGAGGAACCAUGUGAUGGGAGGGUAAAGUUGCAUACCGCAAUUUCUAACCACCCCUUCCACCUCCAAACAAUGGCGGGCGAGCGCAAGCGAGCAAACAGAGCGGGAUGUCCCCGCCGCGGAAGAAAACCGGCAGAAUUGGGGAAAUUCAUUUGUAUGUUGCUACCGCGCGAUACAUUCCGCCAACUCCAGGAAACAGAAGAAGAAGACGAAAACAGCAACCGGAAGGUAAGAAAAGGCCCCACUCCUCCUCCUCCUCUUGCCACAACAAGCUACCGCGAAGUAGGGCACUUUGGGGCGCCCGCGAUCAGGAACAAUCAUCGGGGCGCGCGUUUCUGAGAGACGGUUGCGCAUCCCAGAUGGAUGGCAAAUGGAAAGUGGAAAACUUUUCCCCCCCCCGUGUCAGCCCGCUUCCGCGCGGUCCGUGUGCGGCUGACAAUCUCCGGAUCUUUGCGGCGACAAAACGCUCCUGCUAAAACACAAUACACUUUCGCUGGGGAUGGGGCAGUGUGGCACGAGCGACACAAGGCAGCGCCCUCUAGGCAGGCUGGCUCGGUUGUAAAUGCACCAUUAUUAUCUGUUGUAUGGUCUCGCAUAAAAAAAACCCCCAUACAAAACACAUAUCGCUACACAUCAUGCGGGCACAUAUUAGCACAUUUUACAUGUGUGUGUGUGUGUGUCUGUGUGUCGUAAGAGUACUUAACGUGUUCUGCAGAAAUACUACCGCCUACAAAGGGCAGGAUACAUCCAAAGACGCUUUUCCACGUAAUGUUGCUGCGGUUUUAAAGCUUCUUAGCACGCGCGCACACACACACACACACACACACACACACACACACACACACACACACACACACACACACACACACACACACAUAAUGGAGGAUUGUGCAAGACGGUGCGCCGGAGAUUACUUCUGCUUUAUGUGUGUUUUGUUUUGAUUUUGCAUAAUAAUUAUUACGUCAAAGGUGCUGUGUUUUGUGCUGAGCACGGGAAGCACGGAAAUUAAUUACCAAAUCCAUCCCGCUUCUUUCAUUUUCCCGUCGGUGUACAACUUUGCGCCGCUAUUUUAACGCCUCCAUUAACAUAUUAUUGCUCACGGCGGCAGGGAGGGUAAUGCAAGAGAAAACACAAUUAUUAUUAAAACAAAACCUUAACUUCCACAGCAACUGUAGUGGAUAACAACUACCAAACAAAGCCAAACAAGUCCUUUGCGUAAAACAUUUUUGCUUUGGUUAGUUUCCUGUUCAUCAUCGCUUUCAAAUAAGUUUCUCCGGUCUGCAACUUUCUUCCCUGUCUGACGUUCCCCUCACACCAGCAAACUAGCGAACUAGUUCAUUUGCAUUCCAAUCAGAUUCCACCAACCCAAGCAAGACAAUAAUAGUCUAUCGACACUAACACAAAACUAUGAUUAUUAUGAUUAUAAUUCUCGCGUCCUGCUUCUCAAUCAGAUGUGCAGCUGCGUUGCUUCCCAACCCAGUGGCACUUCUCCUUGCAUUUCCCCCUUCCCUUCCCGGCGCUUACCCGCUCUUUUCCCCAGCCAAAGAAAAUCGAAAAGUCGACUUGCGAAAGUUCUCGCCGACCGACGUGCGCCCACGUGUUGGCUGGUUUACUUUGGCGAAACUUUCCCUGCAGUAGCUUUCACACAGUGGGGGGGAGGAGGGUGUGUGGAACUGGGGUAAUCUAUUGUUUGUACAGUACGGUCGAUCCGUGGACAGGCGAGCGUUGAAGCGAAUUGAUGUAGAGAAGAAAAAGCAAGAAACUUAGCACACAAAACUUUCACCGGAAGGAUGGGAGUUUAGUUUAAAUUUAGACGGGCAAAGAGAGGAGGAAUAAAAACUACACACCCUUCCUUCCCCUUCAAUUCCCGAUUGGGUGAACCGUUUUCAUCCUUCCUCCCCCCGAAAUGGAACAAAAUCAAACCACGUGUGCUCGAACCGCUCAAACUUCUGGCUCGAUUCGGGUGGGCUGUAAGGAUUGUAUGGGGAGUCUCUCUGGAGAGGGAGAGAGAGAGAGAGCAUCAAACUAAAUCAAACAUUGAGCCGAAUCUUUCGGGGUUCGGGGUCAAAGGAAUCUCUAAACUUCUUACCGUAAGCCAAACACAAACGCGACACACACACACACCCGCCCGACCAAAAGCUAACCAAGAAAAAAGCCACACACGUGCCGAUAUGUGUGCCGAUAGUCGUCCUCCAGCAGCUUCUUUUUUCGAGCCCAAAGAGAACCCGCUGGACCCGCUGCCACACAUACAUAUCGGCACACUACCCUGUACCGGGGCCAGCUGGAAGCUCGUUGCAGCAAGACGUUGACGUUAGCAAACGAAGCCAUUUCCAACUUCUUUGUACAGCACAAAACGCCACACAACGCCAUAUUACAGAGCGACAGGAGCGACACACAAAAGGUGACAACUGACUGUUCUGCCCCGAAACCUACGCAGCUCCGCAACGACACACGACAUGCGAGACAAACUCGAACACGAUAGUUGUCGUCCCACUUUCUUUCACAUACAACACACACACACACACGCUUCUUUGCGCUGGAAAAAGUUUGGCGCACAGAACGUGGGCUGAAUAUUGGGGCAAAACUACACUUUUGUGAACGGUUUCGAAGCCAGACGGAGCAGGGGGGGAAAAGAAAACAUAAACGUAGAAUUUACCGUGGGUGGUGUGUAAGUGAACGGGGCACACACACACACACACACACCGAUGUACAGUAAGAAUAGUGUUUUAAAAUACUGCUGCUGUCGUUCAGUGCAUUCCAUCGCUUUCGUUUAGGUCGGAUCGACGGGAUCGGACAGGGGGGCUGUGGUGCAAUGGAAGGAUGCACAGAAGCAGCAUCAACGGCAGCAGCGAUAGGGCUAGCAGUGGCAAUGGAAGUAGUUUAAGUAGUACAUAGUACCAGUACUAGCAGUGCAUGCGAAGAGGAUAGUAAUUUCAUAACGUACCUGUUGCAGUUUCGUUUCAAUGCGAUGUAGUGGGACUUUUUGUACCUUUCUGUUUAGCGCAUUCCGUUUUCAUUAACGGCUCCUAUGGGUUUUUUUAAAAAUGAAAUAAGAAGAAGAAGAAGAAAUAAACACACACUCAUAAACUUACUGUAGAAAAGGGGAGACACAUAAAAACACACACAAAUUCAUCCUCAUAUCGUUCCGUGGUGGGUCCGGGGCACGGUUUUAAAACUAGACCCCGAGCGCGCCCGCGCGCUUGUGUGUAUAUUUUUGUACAUGUGCAUAGCAAACAGAAAAAAAACACACAAAAACACAUACACAAAACAAAAAAAGUUCGGGCAAAAAGGGUCCAGAGAAUGGAAGCGAAACAGGGAUAACUGGAGGGAAGAUAAGCGAAGUGAACGAGGAAGUGAGGGAAUAAGGGAAAUAAUUAAACAUUUCAUCGGUAGCGAGAUGAGAUGUGGCAACUCUGUAGCUAGUAGUAGUGGCCGUAGCAGUAAUCGUAGUCGUAGUAGUAGUAAUAACACACACCCAGUUGGCGCAUCUUUGCUGCCGCUUUGGGUGGAGCGUUCGCGGGUGAAGAGGCCGGUAACUCAUACGAGGGGUCACCCCCUCGUGCCAGGUGCCAGGUGGUACGGUCCGUCGCAAUGCGCCACGGUGUGUAAACGUGUUUAAUUGGGUAGUGCUAGUGGCGGAACAUGCGAUUAAUCAAACGAAUAGAUGUGUAUAGAGAUGAAGUGAGUAGCUGGGGAGGAGGGAACGUUUUUCUUCCCUCCGGUUGUGUGGGGGAAGGUUUUCUUUUAAAUACGAAAAAAGCCACAGCAUCAGCUUCAGCAUGGAAAAUUGCUAAUGCCGUGCUUAUCAUUGCUGUACCGUCAAACGGAAUACAAUUCGGAGUAACUUAGAUGUAGAGAAAGAGGCAGAGAGAGAGAGAGAGAGAAAGAGCGAGACAGAGAGAUGAAGAUGAUACAGGAAAAAACAGAAAAAAAAAUAAAUAAAUAACGAAAAUCUCUUCGUACAUUGCUCUCUGUCGCUCUUCCUCUCGCUCUCUAUCCCUCAAAAACUCCAUGUGUACAUAAAUUCAAACGAUGUAGAGCCAAGCUGGUUUGAUAAAUU